AGGCUAGCGCGUCGGCGUUAGGCAGUUGCACGCCGUUCCCCGCAAUGAUCUCUCGCGCAGUCAUCGCAGUCGUGUGAAGUGCUUCAGGAGUCACUCCCUUUACUCGGCGCAAUGCGUUCGCCUGCUGUCGGGUCGCUGUCAUGACGGAGCAAAAGGGCGGGCAAUCUUCAUCGAGGCCUCCGCGCCCGCGAUCGCCUCAUUUUCCACCUCAUAACGCGCCUCGCGUCUGGUUCAUCACGACCGGAACAUCACCCAUUGCCAUUGCGCUGGCGAAACAAGUGCUCGACCAUGGUGAUUAUGUCGUAGCGGGCGUAUUGCCGCUUGAAUUCGAGAAAAGAGAAGGCCAGACUGAGGAUUUCCGGACCUUCCUCGAAGACGUCAAGAAAACCGAACGGUGGAGAGAGCGGUUGAGAGUGGUAGGGUUGGACGGGAGAGUUGUCGGUCAGUGUCAAGCCGCUAUCGCAGAAGCGGUUGAGGCUUUCGGUCGAGUCGAUGUUCUACUCGGGAGUACUAGCGAAGCCGUCAUCGGUGCUGUUGAGGAGUUAGCUCAAAGUACACGAACGAUCACGCUGGUCGAAGACACCUUCGAAACGAACUUCUUCGCGAACGUCAAUAUCAUCAAAGCCGUUCUCCCGAUUAUGCGGGAACGGAAGAAUGGCCAUAUAAUUAUGUUGACCGGAAUCACGGGCCACUUGGGAACACCAGGGCUAGGCAUGUACUGCUCGUCGCAGUGGGCCAUCGAAGGAUAUUGCGAUAGCUUGGCGUACGAAAUCGCCCCGUUCAACGUCAAGAUGUCCAUCGUCCAAGCAAACAUGGAGGUCAACGUCCUCACCAACAAGAUGACCUCAGUCCCACCAAUGGACGAGUACCUUCAAGCCGAGAAUCCCGCGCCUCUAGCUCGUGAGAUCUUCUCCGGUCUCCUGGAUAAACUCGACCGCGUUAAUAAUCCCUUUGCUUUUGGCGAGGAUAAGUCGCCUGCUGACAGCACUUCAACCACGAGCCCGGACGCGACCAUGCAUGAACCUUCCAUGGGUGAUCUGCUCAGCGCGGAUACGGUGACAUCUCUCUAUGCACCGCUGCCAUCAAUAGUCAAAGGCUCCCUAAUCGCUGAAACUGUUCACGCGCUUACGGCAAUUGGAGGCCAUGAUAAUCCGCCAGCGCGGCACAUUGUUGGAUUCGAGGGCGUAACGGCUGUGAAAGAGAAGCUGAAGACGACGAGCGAAGAGCUGGAAGACUUUAUUGAAGUCAGUAAUGCGGUGGAUAUUGCGCGCGAUCAUGAUCCCGCAACCAGCGUCGUAGCAGAUUCGAGUGCAUAACGAGUGGCGAAGAGUCGGAUAGGUAUAGCUAACCUAACCGUACAGGGAUGAUGGAAAACUGCUGGUGCAUUUCUUGUCUUGUAAACACACCAACCAAUCGUAUGCCAUCUUCUCAUCUCAUUCCUGUAGCUCGAAG